AUGGCUGACCCAAGCAGCACGUGCGCGCCUCCUUCUUCUUCUUCCACGUCGCCGCGGCUCAGCGCCGGCGUCGUCAACUUCUUGGCGCGCCGUGCCAUGAACACGCACCACCGAGCAGCAGCAGCAGCAGCAUUUCCCCUCCACUCGCCGGGCUCCUCCACCGGCUCCGCCGACUCCGUGCCGUGGAGCAGCUGCCACCACCACCACGCCCCGCCCACGCCGCCCCUGCCGCCGUUCGACACCGACGAGAAGCUCCUGCUCAACACGCUCUCCCAGCACGAGGCAGCGGCGGCGCCGCUGAAGCAAGAGGCAACCGACGCCGAGGUGGCGCCCGGCGUGGGCGGCGGGCGCGCGUUCCGCGGCGUGCGGAAGCGGCCUUGGGGCAAGUACGCGGCGGAGAUCCGGGACUCGACGCGGAAUGGCGUCAGGGUUUGGCUAGGCACGUUCGAGAGCCCGGAGGCGGCGGCGCUGGCCUACGACCAGGCGGCCUUCGCCAUGCGCGGCUGCGCCGCCGUCCUCAACUUCCCCGCCGACCAGGUCCGCCGCUCGCUCGAGGGCGCGGGGGAAGACGUGCGCGGCCGCGCCCACGGGGUGUCGCCCGUGCUGGCGCUCAAGCGGCGGCACUCCAUGCGGAGCCGAAAGGCCACGGCGUCGUCGCCGUGCCGCAAGGCCGCCCGUGGCCGGCCGGAGGGCGUGGUGAUGGAGCUGGAGGACCUUGGCGCGGAGUACCUCGAGGAACUGCUCGGCGCCGCCGACGACAUGACGGCCUCGGCCUACGACUCAUGGUGCUCGGGCUAUCAUUCCAUCUGAUGCAAGAAGAGAGCUGGUAACGAUGGAUUGAUCACCAUGACACCAUUUGUGUAGCUCUUUCUUCCCUGUUGCUGUUGCUGUUGUGGGCGGUUCCAGAAUUUAGAUAGCUUCUGUAGGAUGGAGAAACGGGUUGCGAGACCGAUGGCAUGUUUGGGUCUGAAUUUGGAUAGCCGUGAAAGAUGUGAAGUGACAAAUGUUUGGGCUUGAAUCCAGUCAAAAUGACUGCAUGGUUGUAGAUAAUUCAUAGGCGCCAAGUUCGAAUUUUGUGUGGCUUGGGUUGCUGUUUUUUUCUUUU